AGUGUGUACCAGCUGAAGUAAUUUUUUUCAAUGUUGACGUUUUGCAUUUGUUUGACAUAUUUUCAGAUUUCGAAACAUUGCGAUUUUCAUAUAUUUGUGAAAAUAUAGCGAUUAUAUUUCUAUACAAUCAGUCAAUCAAUAUGUUGCGCAGCUCUACCAGUAUUUUUCAUAAAAUAUCGCCUAGAGGCUGUGGUAUUUUAAUUUUCAAGAGUAAUUCCCAUACUACAAGCACUGAAGCGAGUAGUCAAGCUGAAGAACCCAAGAAGGCAGAAUCUAAACGGGUGGCUGAAUUUAGGAAAAAAUUAAGAGAAACUACUCCAAUAGACGACCUUGGCGUGCAAGCCGAAUUUACUGCUAAUGCAAAAGAAGAUCCACUUCCAGCCUGGCCAGACAAUACCAACCCACAUACAGGCGAAGUUGGAGGGCCAAAAGGCCCAGAACCAACCAGAUAUGGAGACUGGGAAAGGAAAGGACGGGUAACAGAUUUUUAAAUGAACAAUGUGAUCUAGUUUAAAUAAUUUAUUGGCUAUUAGCAGAUUUGCCAAUAGUUUUAGGCAUUUUUUUGUUAGUAGAGUCUUCUAAUUCUUUUGAUUUGUAAUAGUGCGGUGCAACCUCCAAUAACCACUUGCUUUCUAUUUCUGUAACUUGCCUCAUAAACUCUUUAGAAGUGAAGACAAGCUCAUGAUAGAUGACCCAACGUGGCAGCUCUUCAAAUAAUGCACUGUUGGGGUGAAUCAUCACUGUCUGAAAACAUAGAAAGCAUAUUUUUAAUACUGAUGUAGAUUCAAGACUUGUCCUUAAAUUUGGCUUAACACCAUACAGAUAUUGUUUUGUCUUGUCUCAUUUUAAGUAAAAUUUACACAUUAUAAGGUUUAUUUGUUUGAAUUCAACAUAGAUAUACAUAGUUUAUACCCAAACAUUUUAAAAUAGUUUUAAAUAAAAUAAAAAUGCUUUAUUAGUUAUUAUUGUGAAAUUAUAAAAAAACCACUUA